AUGGACGUGCCGGCGAGAACCCAGUACACUGAAGCCGAGCGUGAGGCCAUCAAGAGGCUCAAGUUCGAGCUUGCUCGUUCAGAGGUUGCCACUUAUACGCUCAAGAAGAUGAGGACGGAGCAAGCCAAUCAAGCGCCACGAAAAGUCAUCAUCGGCUCAACGAUAACUUUUACCAGCGAGUUCGGUAGCCUCGCUCACCGUCAAAACGUCACGAUCACUGCUGGCACAGAUGUCAUUCUUCAACGUCUGGGCCCUUCGUCGUUGCAGGACUAUCGACGCAUGGUGCAAGAGGCCGUCGAAGGUGCCGAUCUUCUUGAUGAUGUAUACGACAAAGCAUGCGGAAGCCCAAGGAACAGGCUCGGUGUUACGCCAUCAGCUAAGCCUGAGGAUCAGGAAUACGUCUUCGGGGCUCUCUACUUUGAGGGGGGACCCGAUGAUUACGACAACAUCUAUCUUUCGCAUCAAACGACUCAGAAGUACUGGGCACGGGACGAUCAGCAGAAUGAGGAUGGCCGCUGGGCCGUGACAGACUUGAUGGCAUGGUUCAACUCCUAUUUCGAGCGCUUUGUGCUUCCUCUUCUGGUCGAAGAAGGGAGCGGCUUGUGCGCUCGAUUCCGAGCUCAACUGCAAGAGCGGAGUGACACUCACUUUCCGUGGGUCGCGGAAGAGGUGCCUGGUCUCAAACAUCUCUGCUUGCCUCAGUACUCCAACUUGAAGCCGAAAAAGGGCUUCUCUUCCUCGCCGGACUCGACCAAGGAGGAGGCAUCCCCUUUCAUCAUGAUCAACUUCGGCCAGCACGCCUUUCUGGAACUCGCAGAGUACAAUUGCAGUCUCGAGCUCCAGCCACUCGACAUCGUCUUGUACGAUCCGGACAAAGUCACAGCGCAGGCCGUCAAGCACAGUCAGAGAGUCGACCCCAGCCUGCCCGAGCGGUGGUCGGUGACCUGCUAUUUUCAGAAGCUGUUCCAAGAGCGCCAGCUGACCGACGACGGCCCUUGUGAGUUCUACGCAAAAUCGAAAGCAAGAAGGGAUCAAAAGACCCUCGCGAGGGACGCAGAAAUCAGGGCACAAGAGGCUGAAGAGCAGCAAAGUUGGGGGAGCGCGAUCGAGCGGGAGUCCAGCGGAGCUACGACCGGUGCCGAAGACAGCGACCGAGACGACGCCUAUACAGGCGUGAUCCAACCGGAGACGAGCAGAUCGGUGAAGCUGGAACACCCUGCCGAGGCGAGCACCAGAGCCGUUCCUCUCGAAGAAGCUCCCUCAUCGACAGGCGAAGGCGAAGGCGGAAGGGACAGACGAAAGAGGCCGCGACUGUCGUACGUCGAAUGA